ACCAAUCAAAAUACAUGCAUGUCCUGUGAGGGCGGGAGCAGAGCCGAACUCGGCCCCAAGAGCCAAUAGCGGAGCGAGACAGCGAAGCGCUUCCUGAGUUCGGGGGUCGGCGAAGAUGGCGGCCGCCGAGGGGUCCUGGUGCCUCUGCGAACUGCUAAGGUUUUUUUAUUCAUUAUUGUACCCUGGGCUAAUAGUGUGUGGAAUUUUAUGUGUGUGGUUGGCCAUUUGUCUUUGGGGAAUUAGACUACUGCUACACAGAAAGAAAAAGUUGGCAUCAACCGGCAAAAAUGAGAACAAUCAAAUGGUGAUUGCAUUCUUUCAUCCUUACUGUAACGCUGGUGGAGGAGGAGAAAGAGUGCUAUGGUGUGCUUUAAGAGCCCUGCAAAAAAAGUAUCCUAAAGCGACUUACGUUGUUUAUACUGGUGAUGCUAAUGUCACUGGUCAGCAGAUACUAGAAGGAGCUUUUCGAAGAUUUAACAUCAGAUUAACUCACCCAGUGAAGUUUCUUUUCCUACGGAAACGCUACCUCGUGGAGGAUUCGCUCUAUCCUCACUUUACCCUACUGGGCCAAAGUCUUGGGUCCAUUUUACUUGGCUGGGAAGCUCUGAUGCAGUGCGUUCCUGAUGUUUAUAUUGAUUCAAUGGGAUAUGCUUUCACCCUUCCUCUGUUUAAGUAUUUAGGUGGCUGUCAAGUUGGAAGCUAUGUUCAUUAUCCCACUAUCAGCACAGAUAUGCUCUCUGUAGUGAGGAAUCAAAAUGUGGGCUUUAAUAAUGCAGCUUUCAUUACUCGGAAUCCUUUUCUCAGCAAACUGAAGCUCAUCUAUUAUUACUUAUUUGCUUGUGUUUAUGGGCUUGUUGGUUCUUGCAGUGAUGUAGUCAUGGUCAACUCUUCUUGGACUCUAAACCAUAUUCUCUCACUAUGGAAGGCUGGAAAUCGCACUAACAUCGUUUAUCCACCUUGUGAUGUGCAAACAUUUCUGGACAUUCCUUUACAUGAGAAAAAGACAAACCCAGGACACUUACUGGUUUCUGUCGGUCAAUUCCGGCCAGAAAAGAAUCACCCUUUGCAGAUCAGAGCCUUUGCUCAAUUGCUGAAGAAGAAGGUGGCUGAUUCCCUUCCUUCCCCUAAACUUGUCCUGAUUGGAGGUUGUCGUAACCAAGAUGAUGAACUUCGGGUAAAUCAACUAAGAAGACUCUGUGAGGAUCUCGGCAUUCAGGAUGAUGUGGAAUUUAAAGUAAACAUCCCAUUUGAUGAAUUAAAGGGUUACUUGACCGAAGCAACAAUAGGUCUGCAUACCAUGUGGAAUGAACAUUUUGGAAUUGGAAUUGUCGAGUGCAUGGCAGCCGGCACGAUCAUACUUGCCCACAAUUCAGGGGGUCCAAAGCUUGACAUUGUGGUUCCUCACGAAGGAAAUAUAACUGGCUUUCUGGCUGAGAGCGAAGAAGGAUAUGCUGAGACCAUGGCUCAUAUUCUUUCUUUGUCUGCGGAAAGGAGACUUCAAAUCAGAAGCAAUGCCCGCGCAUCUAUAAGCAGGUUCUCUGAUCAGGAGUUUGAAGUGACAUUCUUAGCGUCUGUGGAAAGGUUAUUUAAAGAUUGCCAUGUCCAUACAAACUAAAGCAUUUAAUAUAAAUGAUUAAAUGCCUUCAUAUGUUAAUAUUUUUCUUAAGUCAUUCCCUGCUGUAAUAAAGUCAACGUAAGCAAUGCUUUCGACAUGUAUUAAAAUCAAGGUAUUUAUUUUCAUGAAAAAGGGAAAAAUUACCUAAUGGGCAAAGAUCAUCUUAAUAGUUAGAUUAGUAUUUGGUCUCAAAAUUCUGAAAUUUAUGAGUCUAAAAAGGAAAAGUGAAUAAUUUAAUGUUGCUAAUUUAUACUUACCAAAUUCUAUGUAUGAAAUCAUUUUACUUUAAAAACCAAAAAAAUUCUUUUUAGAAAAAGGAAAUAUUGAAAGAAAACUGAUCAUUGGUAGUUGAUUAGUCCUUUAGAAAUAUACUAACAUUAUGGAACAGAAGACUUUGGGCCAGAGAGGUAGUAGAGCGGGUAGGGUAUUUGCCUUGCACGUGACUGACCUGGAUUCAAUCUUUGGCAUCUUGUAUGGUUCCCUGAGCACCUCCAGGAGUAAUCUCUGAGCACCCUCAGGAGUUCAGAGCUAGGAGUAACCCCUGAGCAUUGCCGAGUGUGACCCAAAAAUAAAAAACAGAGACAGGAAAGAAAAGAAAUUUUAAGUAGACUUUAUCAUGUUUUCAAGCCACAGACUAGCCACAGUCUGACUGUCAUUGCGGUAGCAGUGUGUGGAGGCAUGUGGGGGCCAAGGUACCGCCGGGAAUCCCUUCUCUUCUGAAGGGCUUGUGAGAAUAGCUGAUCAGUGCUUAGCCCUAUCAGUACAUCCUCCCUGACUUUCUGACUUCUUUAUAUUGCCUCAAUUUUGAGGCUAGACAGCAUUUUUGGUUUUGUAUGAAUCAAGUUCUAUUGAUUUACUCCUUGUUUACAAUAUUGUAAAGUUUUAGGCAUGCAGUUGCACCCCUCUAUGCAUGUGUGUCUCCCCCCCACCUCCCCGCCCCAAUGUUCCAGGGCCAUCACACCAGCACAGUGACCUACCUGUGCUUCUCACCACCUUUGCCCUCUGGGAACCACCAUAGUUUUCACCAAGUCAUUUUUGUCGUGUUUGGCCAGUUUGUUUGCUUUGUUUAUUUAUAUUCCAAAGAAGCAAAAGCUCAUAAAUGUCUUUCACUUCCUGAUUAUUUUGUCCAGCAAUGUCACUUCAUAUUCCAUUCACAUUGUUGCAAAAGGUGCAAACAAUUUCAUCUCUUUCAGUAGCCAAACAUUCUAUUAAAAUCUGUUACACCAAUUUCCUGAUCAAGUCACCCAUCAUAGAGGCAUUUUGCUCAGUUUCAUGUUUUAGAUAUUGUGAAUGGCAUUUCUAGAGCACAGGAGUACAUUUGUGAGGUUUUUGAGAUUUUUUUGUUUUUUUGGUGGGAGGGCAUUUGGGACUCAUACCCAGAGGUGCUUAGAAAUUGCUUCCAGCAGUACUUGGGGGAUCAUGAGCUAGGGUUUGGACCAAAGGUUCCCCUAUGUAAAGUUUGUGCUCCAGCCCAGUGAAUCAUCUUCCUGACUCCCAUUUUGGUGUUUCUAUGAAUUUUCGUUUAUUUUUUGCAGUGCCUAGCUAGGGUCAAACCCAACUGUCAAGACAAGCAAUCUAUCACUGAUCUGCAAUCCACGCUCUGAUUUUAGCUCUUUUUAAGGACGCUCCAUCUUCUGUCCCAUCGAGGCUUCACCCAUUUACAUUCCCAACAACAGUGUCCCAGAGUUCCUUUGUCUCUACACCCUCACCCACGCCUCUCUACAAAUAAGUGAACUUAAGUAUUUUCCACAUGCCAUGAGCCACCUUUGUGUUUUCUUUGGAGAAGUGUCUGACCUUUUCCAAAUAUUUACAUUGGUUGUAUUUUGUUAUCAAGUUGUAUGCAUUAAAAAGCUGCAAGUCAGCUUUAAGUCUUUUAGACAGUGGUCUUCAACCAUGGAUCCACAGGUGUGCGUAGGUGAGGAGAGCUGAGACUGUCUUGGUUAGUACUGCCAGUCUGUGUCAGUAGGCAGAUAGCUGGUCCACAGGUGUAAAAUGAUUGAAGAGUGCUGGCUCAAGAGGUAAGUGAGCACAUCCCAGCAUAUUGUUUCCAGACAGCGAUGAUAUAGCAUACAUCUCCAUCCACACACUAUGCUAACAGCAUCACCAAGAAAGAAUAUGUGGUAGGUGACAGAGCUCUUAUUCAAGCUAGAACCCACAUCACUGUCACUGUCACUGUCAUCCUGUUGCUUAUCGAUUUGCUCGUGCAGGCACCCUAGUAACGUCUCCGUUGUGAGACUUGGUGUUACUGUUUUGGCAUAUCAAAUAUGCCACGGGUAGCUUGCCAGGCUCAGCCGUGCAGGCGAGAUACUUUCGGUAGCUUGACAAGCUCUCCGAGAGGGGCGGAGGAAUCGAACCCGGGUUGGCUGCGUGCAAGGCAAACACCCUACCUGCUGUGCUAUCGCUCCAGCCCCAACAGCAUCCAGUAUUAUAAAAUGAUGCUGUGAGCAUUAGACUAGCAGAAACUAGCCUUAGCCUCAGUUCUGUCUUGUACAAGCAUAGGACCUUGAGACACUGCAGUUGUUUCUGAUUCUCAGAUUGUUAGGUUCACAUUCUCAAUUAUUUAUAAUCUGGACAUGGUAAUACCAGGCCUCAUUGCCUUUUAGACUUGUGAGAGUAACAAGAAGAGGUAUCAAUAUGUAGCAAAUGUCUUCUCUAUUUUCUUCAGUGCAUUAUGACGAUAUUCUUGGUACUAAGCCAAGUAUGGAAUCAAUAUACUGUUUAAUUGGCUUUCUAACCUGAAUAAUUAUUCAUGGAAACAUGAAUAUAGGUGUUCACAGAUACGGCUACAGACAUGUUCAACUUCUGGCUUUUCUUCAUACCUGGUUCAUUUUAGUUCUGUGCAGUGACCGUCCAAGUCUGACACAUCUUUGUGUUAAAUUACUAUGAAUGAGGCCUAAUUUUCAAACCUAAUCACUUCUUAUUCAUUUAUCCUGCUAGCCAGCCUCAUUAUCUACUCUCUGUUACAGUGUUGACUCAUGUGCUGACCCAGCUCUGUCAUCAAAUCAGAGAGCAACUAAAGUGGGUACAAUCCUGACACCAUCAUAGCUUUGUGCUGGAGAUGGUUCAACUUAAGUAAGAAAGGCAGGUGGACACUAGCCUGGGAAGAAACCCCACAAAUGUUACCACUUUCACCUUUACAGAUCAUAACAAUAUAAAGAACUUAAAACUUUCCCAGUCUAACAAAGGUAAUGUUUAAUGACAAGAUUGGGAUUAUGUAGGAUUUUUCUUUAGUUUGUUUUUUGAGGUAAGAUUCAAGCCAUUGUCCACUUAGCCUGUCCAACUUCCCAGAGAAAAUUGUGGAACAAAACUAGAAAAUUGAGAUAGUCAGAAAAACAAAGUAGAGAACAGAGUAAAGGAAGAAAAGAUCCUGAAAUUUCAUAUAAUGUUUUCUAAGACGGUUUCUUCAAAAUGAUGCUCAUUUAUCACAGCCUAGUAUUAGAAAACAGCAUGUGUAUAUAUUUUCACUUUUGUUGUUCCUAAUGUGGUAUUACAUGUUUGUUAUUAAAUGACUGGUACUAUAACAAAUGUCGGAACAAUAUGUCAGGUCCUAUUUGUUUGAACUGUACAUUCCUGUAAGACUCUGCCUUUCAGUACUCCAGAUGCUGUUUUAGACCCGCAGCUGUGGCGAUUCAUAAUCUUAUUUCUGGUUGUACAUAAUAGAGUUCGUGUCACAUGUCCUGUUCUUUGUAAUAGCAAUUUAUCUGAAUAUCAAUUUAGACUUAAUAAAUACAAACAUCUAUUUAUAUCUAAAUGUGAUUUAAAGAAGUGAUUUUCAUCUUAGAUACUUUCCUAAUAUGAUGUAUUUUAUAUCCUCAAGGAUCAUCCUUCAAAUAAUUCUGAAUUACUUGUUUUCUUUAUUAAUAUUUCAAAGCUCCGUAAGUCAGAGGGUUUUGUAUUUCUUUUUGCUUUUUUAAUGAAAGAAAAAGAAAUUGGGCAAAACAAAACUGUUUCUACUCUUGUACCCAAAGAAGAAUCAGUUGUCAAAUCUAAUAGACUUUUUUCUUUCAAAUAAAUAUUUCAGAAAUACCA